GGGAAAUGCAUGUGUCUGGGACACAUGAAUAUACGGACUAGUGAGGCUAUGACCGGACGCUCUUGAAACCUGAAACGAAACAUAUCUUAGACUUAAAAACAAACAAACAAUCAACACGUUGAAGGUGUCCUUUUGACUCCAUCGGUUCUCUGGAGGAAGAGGACUUCCCUCAGCAGACUUGCUAACCGUGACGUUAUCACCCGUUCAAAGCCGGCAGCCGAAAGCUAAAUAAGAUGCCUCAGAAACGCAGAUCCCGGUCCUGGAUGGAGCUGAAGCAAGUUGGUAAUGAUUGUUUCAAGAAGGGUCAGUAUGGAGAGGCUGCUGAUCUGUACAGCCAGGCUAUCAAAGAGCUAGAAAAGACAGGUAAGAUGAACCCAGAGGAUCUGAGUAUCCUUUACUCGAACCGUGCAGCAAGCUACCUGAAGGAUGGAAACUGUGGAGAGUGUAUUAAAGACUGCAAUGUGUCUUUGGAGCUUGUGCCAUUUGGUGUCAAGUCACUCCUCCGUCGAGCUGCGGCAUAUGAAGCUCUGGAACGCUACCGUUUGGCCUACAUAGACUACAAGACAGCCCUUCAGGUGGACUGCAACAUACCGGCAGCUCAUGACGGCACCAACAGGAUGACUAAAGUUCUCACAGAAGUAGAUGGUCUGUCAUGGAGGGAGAAACUUCCCCCCAUCCCCACCGUCUCACUGGCUGUCAAAGAGAGGCUGGCCCAGCAGGCUGCUGGCAACACAAAACCUCCUGCCCAGCAACACAAUGGCUCAAGACAGACACACGGAAGUGCUCCUAGUGCUCAAAAUAUUAAGAAAGGCCAGAUACUGAAGGAAGAGGGUAAUGCUCUUGUGAAGAAGGGAGAGCACCAAAAAGCCAUAGAGAAGUACAGCCAGAGCCUCAAACACAACCCCACAGAGGUCACGGCCUACACCAACAGGGCACUGUGCUACCUGUCGCUGAAGCAGUACAAGGAGGUCAUCAGAGACUGUGAUAAUGCACUGGCGAUUGACAGCAGCAGUGUUAAAGCCCUCUACAGGAGAGCACAGGCACACAAAGAACUCAAGGACACCAAAACCUGUAUAGAGGACCUGAACAGUUUACUGAAGGUGGAGCCCAAGAACACUGCCGCCCUUAAACUACUGCAAGAGGUACAGAAGAAGAAGUGAUGGCAUAUCAGGAAGAGUGGAGGAAGUAGUGUCAAGUCUUGUGACUGCACUUCUUGUGGAGGAAGAGAGGCUGGAGACAUUGCUAUUGAAGGGGUACAGCAACUGGUCAUUGGCAUCAUUCAACUACUUAAGACUAGGGAUGUGUUAACUAAAAUCCUUUUUUGGGCAAGUUCAUCUUUGCUUUAUUAAAUUACAGUAGAUUAAAAUGUAUUUAGUCUCAGCUAUAUCGGUUUCAAGACUUUGAUUAUUCAAAUGAGUCUUUAAAAUCCCUUUAAAAUCCUGCUUUGCAAUUUGAUCUGACAAAGAGUCUUACUUAGCAGGGGGAAUUAAGUUACAUCUUGACACUCUCCACUCCCUCCUCUUUAUCUGGCAGUCUCCCCUCCAUCCUCUUCCUCGCCAUGCAGCAUUGUACGUACCUCUUUACCUCAUGUGCCUGUCUUGAACCUCUGCAUCCAUCUGUUGGCCUUGGUUAGCUUCUGCUCCAAGUCAAAGCAUUUAUCAAACUCCUUAAAUGUACAUUUUAAGUGUUGUGCAGAAAGUCUCACAUCUCUAAAGUCAAAAUGUCUCGAUGCAUGCUCAAUCCAGGCAUGAAAAUUAAAGAAGGUUGAAUCAGUUCAUUCAGAUACGUUUAUUGACAGAUACGUUUCAUCACUCAACUAAGUGCCGUCUUCAGUCUAAACUGACUACAGGUAUCCCCACCCUUAUAAACAACAGUUGCAUAAUGACCAGAACCAACAACGUUUCAUAUGCAAAUAUGGGUGUGUCCACUAACUAGAGUUUCAAUGGCCAUGUGUGCUAUUCACAGAGGAUUUGGGAAUGUUUGCAAUCACAGCAUUGUAAGAUGGCAACAGAUGUGCUCUUAGCCCCCCCCAGUUCAGGGAUGGUCAUUCCCUCUUCACAUAGAUGGUCUGACUCCCCGUUCAAACCAGCGUUUCUCCCUAUCAAGGAUGUGCACAUCCUCACCCUUGAAAGAGUGGCCACUGGCCUGUAGAUGGGUGUAGACUGUGGAGUCUUGGCCUGACAUGUUAGCUCUCCUGUGUUGUGCUAUCCUCUUGGCCAGCAUGUUUCCCCAAUGUAUAAGUCACGGCAAUCCUCCUGGCACUUAACCACGUACGCUAUAUAUACCGUAUGUGGCGGGAGUGUCGGAAAAGCUGAGACGCAUAUUUUCCAAGCACCACAUCUCAGUUGCUUUCAAACCCCAAAACACGCUGCGUCAAAAGUUGGUCCACCCCAAGGAUCGGGUCCCCCAGCACAAACAGAGCAAUAUAGUGUACACGGUUAAGUGCCAGGAGGAUUGCUGUGACUUAUACAUUGGGGAAACCAAAAAGACGCCGGCAAAGAGGAUGGUACAACACAGGAGAGCUUACACAUCAUGCCAGGACUCCGCAGUUUACAGUACAUCUGUCGCCAUCUUACAAUGCUGUGAUUGCAAACAUUCCCAAAUCCUCCAUUUGCAUAUGAAACUAACUGGUCGUUGGUUUCGGUCGUUAUGCCACUGUAAUGUUUAUAAGGGUGGUGAUACCUGCAGUCAGUUUAGACUGAAGAUGUCACUUAGUUAACUGAGUGAUGAAAUGUAUGUCAGUAAACGUUGUAUCCAGAUGAACUGAUUCAACCUUCUUUGAUCGCUAAAGUUAUUUUUAUUUCUAACCGGUUAUUGAGCAGUCUUUAUGGUUAAAUGGCUGGUAGAUCUGAGUGGAAAUCCAUUUAAGACCUGUGUCUCUAAUUCUACACUUUAACAUAUGCCUAAAUGUUUGUUGUGCAUGUCCAGGCGAGUAGCUUAUUUGUGGUUCGUUCAUUUUCAGUGGGUUCCUAUCCAAUCUUGUUUUACCACAGGUCAGUGUGUAGGAUUUGCUUUGAGAUGUUUCUUUACCCAUAAAAAAAAACUUAUUACAUCUGGUCAGGGAGGGUCAAAGCAUAUUGAUAUGUUCUGUAUGUUUGGCUUGCGUAAAAAAAUUGGGGGAUAAAACAUUUUAGAGAAAUGUAAAUUCAUGUCAUCUGCUGAAUAAAGUUAACGUUUGU